AUGGCCAAAAACGAUAGAGUUUCAUUAAAUAUUUUUAAUGAUGAAGAAUAAAUAAAUAUAUUCCCACUUAUAAAAAUCAAUGAAUAAAACUACUAUGAUUAAUCAUAAAAUAUUUAAGAAGAAUAACAUGCUUAAUUAGCAAAUCAAGUGGUUUCUGAAGCAUUAAAGGAAUAACAGCAGACACAGUAAGUAAUAGCAAAUGAAAACUAAAAGCUCCAUAAUUUAGUAUUCGGAUUCAAAACAACAAUAGAAAUUAGCUUUAACACUAUAGAAUAAGACUUGAUAAAAUUUCAUAACUUUUAUACAAAGAUGAUAAAAAACAAAGUCUUAGUAAGAAAAUAAUUCUCUUAUAUACCAUGUUCUUACAGAUACUUUGCAUUCAAUAACUGUACAGAAUUGAUGUAUAAAUAGUUUAACAAGAGCAAUACUUAUGUAGAAGGCUUUUUCCAUAGAACAACUUUUGAAUUUGAUGAGUUUUCUGAUGAAAAAAAAUAAAGAUUUAAAAAUAUUUGGGAUUCUCAUAUUUUAGCAAAAUCAACUUAUAUUGCUCGCUUGAAAAGCUUAAUUGCAAUUAGCGAUGUAUUUUAGGCCUAUGAUGAUUCGUUGCUCACUACUACUCCAAUGCUGAAUAUGAACUUAACAGCUUUUUAACCUUAUUAGACAUGUAUUACGAAUUAGACUUUUUUAGAAAAUUAUGAUCCGAGAUGUAGAGGUUGGUAUUAAAACACAGUUUCUUAAGCUGGAAAAUAUGAAGUUUACCAGUAUAAGCCAUAUAAAGAUGCUUUCACUAAUACAAUAACAAUGUCAGGAACUACUUUACUUUUAGAUGAAAAGACUGAUGCUUUUUUAGCAAUAAUUGGGAUGGAUUUUUAAAUUGCAAAUCUUAUUUAAAAUAUCCUUGCAAAGUUAGAUGAAUUAGACGAGUCUGUAAUCUUAUCAGGAUACUCUUUAAUUUUUCACGAGAAUAAUAAUACAAUAUUUCAUCAUAAAUAUUGGAAAAAUACUGAUGAUGUUGAAUAUAGUUGGUAAGAUUUAGAAUAUAAUUCUACAACUAUUUAUUCUAUAGAAGAGAAAAAUUCAUUUAUUCAAUAAGUAUCAAAUGCAAAGGCUCAUGCCGAAUCAUUUAAUUAUAACAUAGAAAAAUAAAUAAAUACAGAAUAAUUUUACAUUUCUUUCUCUAAAAAUAAUCUAAGCUACUAUAGUUUAGUGUAUCCAAUAAAUUCUUUACAAUAAUGGUAGGUUUUUCCUAAUUCUACUUAAAAUAGAAUAAUUAUGUAUGUCGGAAGAGUUUAGAGAGAUUUAAGAUAUAUCUUAACUGAUUUUUAUCUUCUUGUUUAUCGUUGGAUUUAAUUUACAUCUAGCUGCAGUGCUUUACUAUCAACUUCAGAUACCCAUAGAAAGUUUAACAUAAUUUCUUAAUACAAGGAUAUAAUAAAGAAAACAAAAGAUUAUUACAAGAACUAAAUAAAAAAGCUAUCCUUAAGCUAAGAGCCCUUCAAACAUAUCUUUAACCUAAAAAUAAUCUUAAUAAUUCAAAUUUUAGUAAAACUCAUAUACUGUUGA